UUUUAGAUUUACUCAAAGGCGGUUUAGUUAAAGAGGUAUCGAACAGACCGCACGUUGUGAACCCGCUGACCGUUGCAAUUAGCGCAAAAGGUAAACAUAGACUUGUACUAGAUUUGAGACACGUAAACACUAUGGUGUUAGUAAACAAAGUUAAAUUCGAAGAUGUGAAAGUUGCUAAACAAUAUAUUACAAACAAAUCUGUUGGAUUUCUUUUUGAUUUAAAGGCAGGUUAUCACCAUAUUGAUAUAUUUGCUCCACAUCAGAAGUAUUUAGGUUUCUCAUGGAAGUUUGAAGGGGUUGAAAAAUAUUAUGUAUUUACAGUUUUACCUUUUGGAUUGAAAUCGAGUGGUUAUGUAUUUACAAAGGUAUUACGACCAUUAGUAGCGCACUGGCGGAGAAAGGGUAUUAAAAUUGUCGUUUAUUUAGACGACGGAUUAGGACUAGCUGAUGAUAGUGAGAUUAUUCAUAUUGGUCACUGGACAACAGUUUUUUAUUUGGUAAUGAUGGUCACUGGACUGUUAAUGAAUCGGCAUAGGAACGUCACUGGACUUGCACUGGUUUAUUGUGUUACGUUUGUCACCGGACAUAUGAAUUGUUAUGGUCACUGGACCAAGAGUAGUGUAGUAGUUGGACUACGCAUUUAAGGUCACUGGACCGACUAAAUGGAUUAGAAAUUUACAAGAUAUUCUGUAAGGACAGUGUACCAUGAAAUUUUUUAUUUAGUGGACGUUACGCAUUUGCAUUCAGUGAUACCAAUAUUUUGGUGGACAAUGAAAAUUAAUGAUGAUUUAGUUUGUAUUAAUAAAUGUUUAAUAAAAUGGACAUGGUCACCGUGCUGGAC